AUGUCGGGCUGGAGUACUUCAAGUAAGCAGACUCGAUUACAAUCAUGGCAUGCAACACGGAAGAGUUCCAGCUCGGGGACACCCACCCCGAACGUCAACGGCUAUGUAGCCAUCGUCACAGGUGGAAACUCCGGUAUAGGCUACAAAACCGCUCUGCAACUGGCCAAACGUGGUGCACGCGUCUACAUCGCAAGUCGUUCGCGCGACCGUGUCGAUCAAGCCAUCGCGGCCAUGAAGACGGGCGCGGACACGUUGGACGUGCAAUUUCUCAGCCUAGACCUGCAGGAUCUUUAA